GAAGUUGUUGUGAUGUCAUAAAGUACGCUUCUACUGCUCGAUGUAUAAGUGUGACCAGAAAUCACUCUUAUCCAAAUGUUAGACAGCUUCUAAGACAGCAAGACAGUCAACAAGACAGUCAACAAGACAGUCAACAAGACAGUCAACAAGACAGUCAACAAGACAGUCAACAAGACAGUCAACAAGACAGUCAACAAGACAGCCAACAAGACAGUCAACAAGACAGUCAACAAGACAGUCAACAAGACAGUCAACAAGACAGUCAACAAGACAGUCAACAAGACAGCCAGCUACUUCAUAUAGAGCCUUUUAUUGACAAUUAGCACAGUGUUCUACAGUGAUCAGAUGGCCAGCAAACCCGAGUUUAAGAGGAAGGAGCAAAACCCUGAGGCCCCUUUGCUGAAUCGCAGAGAGCGAAGAAGGCAAGGGAGAGCCCAGCUCCAAGAGGCAGGCCAGACUUAUCACCAGGACAACCUUCUGGUUCUACCUGAGGCCCCUGAGGCCCAGAAACAGGAGGAGAACCAAGCCUCCCAGGUAGAUCUGUUACAGCAGAUCCAAAUGCUGAAAGCACAGCUAAGGCUGGAGCAGGAGGAAAGAGAGAAAGAGAAAGCUCUCCACGAACGCAGUCGUGUGUAUGCGGAAAAUCUCCAGAAACAAAUACAACGACUGAAAAAGGAGAAGGCCAGUGCUUUCAGCAAACAAAAGGAGGAAGCUAGAAUGGAGUUGCAGGAGGAGAUCAAGAGACAGGCCAAUGCCAACUCUUUCCUCAGAGGACAACUUGAACAAGUUAACCGUAAAGCUGAGGGGAAAGCUCAAUAUCUCCUAGAUAAUAUUGCCAGGAAGGACGAGCAGGAGAAAGAUCUAAGAGCCCAGAUCACCGCCCUCACUCAAGAACUGGAGAAGGAGCAGGUGGAGAAACAGAACCUGGUGCAUCUGGUGGCUGAACUGAAGUCCUCCCUGAACGAGAAGAAACAGGCCCCUGCCACAGCUGAGAGCAGAGCAGACGUUCUGGAAACAUUCUGGAAAGAGAAGGAAGAGCUGAUGGCAGAAGUGUCUGUAUUAAGACGUGCCCUGACACAGGAGCAGAGAGCCAGUAAAAAGGCUCUGUGCCAACUGGAGCUACAGCAGUCAGUCAACAACGUCCUGACCAUGGACGGGUCUACUCUCAAAUUUGCCCUGGCAGAGAAACAGAGCUCUGUCAGAGAGCUCCAGGACCAACUGGAGGCGGUGGAGAGGAACAAUCAGCUGCUGACCACAGAAGUGACUGGCCUGAGAUCUGCCCUUAUAGAGGAGCAGAAAAACCACCAACAGGUCCAGGCCAAACUUCAAACCCUGCAGGAUGAGAAGAGGGGCCUGGAGUCUACUGUGGCCGCGCUGAGGUCCACUCUCACUGAAGAAAGACACUCUAUUGGGGUAUUGCGCUCCGGAGACAAAGAUCAAAUCAUCACAGAGCAGAAGGCAAAGGCACACGCCCUAAACCAGAGUCUCCAAACAGAGAGAGUCACGUUUAAGGCAGUGAUCGAGCAGUGCCAUGCUGCUUAUGCCUCUGUUCUGAGACAAAAAGACCAGCUGAUACAGCAAGUGCGGGACACACACCAGGAGAUGGAGAAACUGAGGGUUCAGCACAGAUCUGAGCUGAGUGCUCUACAGGGCAGUGAGGAGCAAAAGAGAAACACCCUGCAAGAGAAAAUCCAGGAGCUUUCAGCAGCUCUGACCUCCUCAGAGGAGAUGAACUCGGCUCUGAAGAGACAGAACCAGGUGCUCCUGGACAUCAUGGAAACCAAGGAGGAGGAGGCGAAAGAGACCAUCAGCCGACUGAAGAGGAGGAGGUGGUUCUCCUGUUUUACAUAA